CCGCAACACCAAUUUACACAAACGUCAAAAAUGGACAUAAAAUUUUACUGCUCUAUCUAAUUUUUCCUGAAAAAUAAUCAUUCACAAAAAAACUGGUUUCGUCAUCUUUGCGCGAUUGAAAUCCUGUGUUAAAAAUACUGUUUCUGUGUUCAGUGUUAGUCAGUGUGGACAGUUAUGACCUGUUUUCAUUUAUGGUGUAAGGCUUAAAGGCAUCGAUACUUUGCUUACAGAGCGGCGUGAUGCGAUAAUGCGUGUGCGCCGAUAGUCAACGCCCCCGACUUUGCUCCGACUACCGUGUAAAAUGGCGUCGGUAUGGAAGCGCCUGCAGCGCGUGAACAAGAGGGCGGCCAAGUUCCAGUACACCGCCUCCUACCAUCGCGUGGACCUGGAGACCUCGCCCAAAUGGAAACCGAAUAAAUUAAGUGUAGUAUGGACGAGAAGGUCUCGCCGAGUGAUCACCGAACCUCUAGAAUGGGAACCUUCAUUGAAGGACCCGCUCAAAGGCUCAGUUAUAUACACAGUACCGGAAAACCGGACAGUCGCCGUCACUCUGUUCAAGGAUUCGCGUACUAACGAGUUAGAAGAUAAGGACUGGACUUUCGUGCUUGAAGAUGUAUCAAUAACAGGCAAGCGCCGUCGCCUAGCGGUCUGCUCCAUCAACAUGCGCAAGUACGCGAGCCUGGAGCCGUCGCAGCGGACAUUGGUGCUGCCGCUAGAGCCGGUCACACAGAAGAUUGUCGCCGCCAGUGUGCAGCUCACGUUGCACUGUGUGUUGUUAAGGGAGGGACAGGCUACUGACGAGGACAUGCAGUCCCUAGCAUCUUUACUAUCAGUGAACAACAAUUCUGACAUCGCUGUGUUAGAAGAUUUGGACGAAGAUGAUUAUACAUUGUCUGAUAAUUCUACUAGACAGAUGCUGGAUCUCCGACAGCAAAUGGAAGAGAUGACCCAAAGUCUAACAAACAGUGACAUAGCAGCCACCCCCAACAGUGUCCAAAGUCUAAACUUCGACAAUUCCCGCACUCCUACCGCUCCCAUCACUCCCGAUGAUACCAACCCCACGACGCCAACAACCCCAGUCCCUUCAGACCCCAUUCCAAACGACAACGACAAUAAUUUUGACCCCCCACCAAAAACAAGACCAGAAAUGCUAAGCCAUUUGACUAAGUUAGCAAUGUCUAAGCCAGAACCGAAAUUUUAUUCGACCCCCAAAAGUAAUAAUGUUGUGGAAAAUAAGGGGGAAUUAAAAGGGGUGGUUUUUAAACCAAGGACGGUUGCUAUGAGGAAUUUGAAACCUUUAGAGUUGAAGACUAAUUUUAAUUUGGAUAGGAAUGAGAAUGAGAAAGAUGAAGAUAGUGAUAAGACCCCGACUGCUGCCGAUAUGGAGAAACUGUUUCCGGGGAAGUUUGAUAAGGAUAAAACUCCGGUCCAGGAUUUAUUAGAAUGGGUACAGGGAGUAACCAAGGAGUACAAACAAGUCCGGGUUACCAACCUCACCACCAGUUUCCGGUCUGGGCUCGCUUUCUGCGCCAUUAUACAUCGUUUCCGGCCUGAUCUCAUUGACUUCUCGGGUCUACAGCCGGAUGAGGCAGAGCGCAAUCUCCGCGUGGCACUAGACGCUAGUUCCAAGCUCGGCAUCUCGCAGGUGCUCACUGCUGCUGACGUCUGCUCCCGGCAGAUACCUGAUCGAUUAGCUAUAAUGACAUAUCUGUUUCAAUUGAGGGCACAUUUCACUGGCAACGAAUUACAUGUAGAACAAUUAGGUAAUGACGAGACGGAGUCCUCAUACCUGGUGGGUCGUCACGACACGGACGGCUCCAUGCCUCAGGAGCUGUUCAGCCGCGAGAUCAGCACGCGCCGCUCCAGGAACGUCAUGGACAGGCCUAGGCCAGGUUCCCAAGACUCGCAAGAAUCCCGCAACUCCCAAGACCGCUCAAGCCCGGACAAGCCCAGUUCCCCGGGAACAUUCAUGGCCCCGGGAGUCCGGGACAUGUUUCUGCAGCAAUCCAAGACUAUACUCGGCAAGAUGCUGUCUCCGGCGCGGGAUUUGAGGGCUGAGAAACCUACUGCUAAGUGGUUCGCUGAUCCUUUGAAAGUUAAUGAGCCGCCCCCAGUCCGGCCUGAGAAGCUGAUGACUCGCAAGGAGUUGACAGACCCCUUCGGCUCUGAUGAUGAAGAGGAACAACAGGAACCGCCUCCAGCUGUCCAGAAUAAUGGCAACACCGAUACAGCAAAACCCCAACCAGAACAAAAACCCCCCGAACCGAUUCCGGACCCCCUCUCGCAGCCGGAUCCGGAAGUCCGGGGAACUCCGAACUCGCAGCCGAAGCCCGUAACCCCGGAUCUACCGAAACCGACACCGCAAUUGUUAUCACGUCAUGAUGAGUUGAAAGAGAGAGCGAGGCAGUUGUUAGAAGCUACGAAAAGAGAGGCGAGAGAAAAAGAUAGAAAAUUGAGACAGAAGGAAAAAGAAGAGAAGGAGAAUGGACUUAGGAAUGGAGAUGUUAGUCCGAAAAAGCCAAUGACUGAGGAAGAGAGACAGGCGAUGUUACGAGAGAGGGCGAGGAAAUUAAUUGCUGAUGCUAGAGCUGGUAUUGUUAGUCCCACUUCACCGCUGUCGCCGUCGCGUAACUCCCGCACCGGGACUGUUGAGAUCAUCAGCAAGCAGUCUGUUAUGGACGAAAUUGUUGCAGCUGGCGGAGUGGAACAAUUAGACGCGCUGCUGGGCAGAACAGACUCCUUGCCUUCCACUCCUGGCUCCAGAAAGAGCUCGCUCAGUCCGGAUAGAUCUGAAGACCGACACAGUGAAGACACAAAGAGUGUAAAAUCACUCUCCCUGAGCGGCGAGAGGCGUUCACCACUUCACUCGUUCAGUGCAUUCGUCGACUCGCUAGCGCCUGAACAUGAUAACAAUGAUACUGAUGAGGGCAAAGAAACAGGCUCAUACAUACAGAGCGAACUGGAAGCGUUAGAAAAGGAGCAAUGUGCUAUCGACGAGAGAGCCGCCGCGUUAGAGAAGCAACUGCGGCGAGUCAUGGAGUGUGCUGACAAUACUGAGGAGGAAGAUAGACUGAUGUCUCAAUGGUUCAACUUGGUUAACAAGAAGAACGCGCUGCUCAGAAGGCAGAUGCAGCUCAAUAUUCUAGAGCAAGAAGAGGAUCUCAGUCGUCGCUGCGAGCUGCUAGCGCGGGAGCUGCGCCUGUCUCUCGGCGUGGACGAGUGGCGCAAGACGCCCGGCCAGAAGCGGCGGGAGCGGCUGCUCUUACAGGAGCUGUUAUCAGCGGUGAAUGAGAGAGAUAGAUUAGUGCAGGAAAUGGAUGAACAGGAACGAGCGAUAGCAGAUGACGAUGCGAUAGAGCGCAAUCUCUCGCAAGUUGAGAUUCAACGCAAAAACAACUGCAUCCUACAGUGAACACGCUGUACUAAUAUACAGGCUGUUCACUUUACGGCAACUCAUGAUUUUAUACAAGUGGAAUGAGAAUUUGAGUAUUUUUUUUUUGCAUUUUGGCCGCUAUGUUGUUUUAUAGGUGUAUUAGUUUCAACGUGUUACUAGUGGCACGUGGGAACUACUCCGCGCACCUGGAUAAAGCUUGUGGACUUCCUUGAUAAGAGGGGUAUCUAACAUUGAAGGAUUUUUUGAAUUCGGUUCAGUUGUUUUUGAGAUUUGCGCGAUAAAACAAGUUUUAGUUUUGAAAUCAGUGUCAAAAUUAGCAUUACCUUAAGCUAUUAUACGUAUAUUAAUUUGGUCUGCUUUUGUUGCCCUUUCACAAAUAAAAGUUAAAUGGCAACUUUCUGUAUAAAAAUAUGGACUAAAAGUGACAUUUACAUCGAAAACAGAAAGUCAAAUACUCACUAUUUUAAUUAAACAUUAGUACACUUGUAAAAAAUCAUGAAGCGUUUACAACUAAUAUUUAUUUAUUAAUUACUAAUUAUUAUUUUUGUAAAUCAACGUGCGAUGAUUUUCGCAAUAUACGUUCGCGUCCCAAAAAUCCCGUAAUUUAAGGAAUUCGGGUAAAAUUAUUAUUUUUAUUUUUUAUUAUGAAAACACGAAACUUGUUCAAUUAACUGUUUUACUACUUGGUAAGCUUAUUUGCUAAAUAAUACCAUUUAUACAAGUUUUUUCCAGGUAAUCCACACUUGUGUGCAUAAUGUACGUGCACAUUGUGUUUGUAUAAGUCGGCGACUUCACCAAUAGUGAGAGGUUUUGAGUUUACGCAUACAAAGACAAUGUGCAAUAUGUGCAUGUAUAUGUAUUUACAUACACACACAAGUAUGUCUGAACCGCUUUGGUGAGAUUUAAUAUCUAUAGCUAGGUAUAUUGUGAAUAUAUUUGGCAGAUUUCAGCAAGUAAUAGAUUUUUUUAUUUCAAAAUGAGAGAAAGUGUGUUUUUUUCACUUAGAAAAAGUUAUUUCAAGCCUUUCUAUAGUUUACGCCAGUUAACUUUGCAUUUCUAAAGUAAAAAAUUGUGAAUACAUUUUUCUAGCUAUUGUGAAGUUAAUAGUAACCAACUUCAGACAAGCAAAGCUUAUCGACAAUAUCUGUACGAACAAAUGCGUUCGAAGUCAAUUGGCUAACUUCAGAAAUGCAAAGUUAUUUGACGAACUAUUUCAGUACUUGUGUACUUUUACCAAAAAGUGGUAAAACAGACUCUAAAAAUAUAAUAAAAAUGGGAAAUGUGAAUGAUUGAAAAUUAAAUGGAUGAGAAGUCAAAAUUGUAUGAAAUUUUUUUCAAUGAAAUAAUUUUAAUAAUAAAAUUGUGCAUUAUAAAUUAUUAUGGUUUAUUCUAAAAGGCUUAAUUGGCAUAAUAGUUAUGUUUUAUCGUUAAAUUGGUUAGUUGGGUAGGGUGUGUUCACACUUGCGAUUAGUCGACGGCGAUUUUUUAUGAUAACUUUGUCAAUUUUAUUUUAUGACAAGUUUGACUAAACCUGUCAAACGCAAGCAUAAUUUUAUUGUUUCUUUUAUUAUAGAAAUCCAAAGUUUUGUACUUAAAUGGGAAUGGUAAACCUUUUGAGAAAUGUAAUUUAUGCCAUUGUGUUUUUUCUUAAAAAUGAAUGUUGUUUGUAAAAGUGACAGAAAUUGACUGUUCUCUCACAAAAUAAAUUUCCUGUAGACAUUCAUAUUUUCUGGUCGGCGACUUUUCGCAAGUGUGUCAAAUAAUGUUAUGUUAAGGCGUCAGUCAUGCGAUGGAUAAUACUCAAAAUAUUGUUUCCUAUAUAUUUUUUAUAUCUACGAGUAUGUUAGCAUUUCUCACUGUAUAGUUUUUUUGGUUCUAAACUAAGAAACAAUGUCAGAUAUUACACGCGUUGUGAUUUAUUCUAAUUUUUUCAAAACAGCGACAAUUUUUUUUGUUAACUUUUUUGUCGUGAAUGGUUGCGACUAAAAAUCGCAGCGUGUGUGCGAGGCUUUAUUUAACGCAAGUUUAGAACCAAAGCUUAGGAUAGCAUUAACAUUAUUAUAUUGUGGUUUAAUUUUAUUUUGGUAUAGGUUUACCAAAGAAUAUUUUUUUAAUUCCUACUACCCCCUUUUUUAGAUAGAAUGGUGAUAUUUAAGUACAAUUUUGCCAUAGUCAAUGGAUUCUUGUAAAGCUAUGGUCGAAAGAUUUAUUUUGUAACUUUUUUUUAUUAAGUAGACAUUUUUUUGAAACGAUCAAUUAUUUUUUUAAUUUAAUGUAAAUAAUAGCGAUUUUUUUAGUUUAAUUGAUAUUUAUUUGUACACUCCAAUAAAAUCUUGCCGUCAUUGUUUUUCAGUAUUUUUUUAAAUCGGAAAGUGAAUAAAAAAAUUGGGAAAAAGGCCAGCGCAACGUUGCGACUAGUCGUAAGCUGUUUUCGUGCGACUAGUCGCAAGUUUGCGCGGAGCCUAAUCGGCCGGUGCUAAAUUGUACCACGUGAUUCUGUCUUCACAAUUUGUGCAAUUUUUACUAAACGACGUACGUUUGUCUUAUUAUUAAAUAAAUAAUGUAAAUAUUUGAUGAUGCUGGUUGUUCUAAAGUUACUUUUGAGGUUGAAAACAUACGUAAACAUCAUGAGUUUCUCUCAUCGACGUUUGUUUGAUAUAUCUCUUAAAAUUUGACACAUUUGUACUGAUUUGCAUUAAACAUUUUUAAGUGUGGUUCUACCAGACCACGGGACUUUUUAUUUUAUAGAGCCCCGGAUUUUAAAAGACGAAGGUAGGGCGGAAGCCAACACAGAAGCUCUUCUGAGACAACUUUAAUGGAAUGGUGACACAAAACCGACGAUUAUCCUAAGUAUGGUUCACGUUACACAUUCUAUAGUUCAAGAAUAUUAAUAAUUUCAUUAUUUUUGUGAAUCAUCACAUGUAUUUAUUUUUGUAAACACAAAAAUCAUACAUUUUUUGAGUGAAAAUAAUCAAAACUAAUUCGCAUGAAACAAAGUUCAGAAUAAUAAGUCCUGAUUUUUAAUCCAAUUUCAAUCCUUAUUUCUUUAACACUAAAGUCGAUAAUCCCUCAAAAGAACUUUAGAACAGCCACUUACACGUAAGUAAUACGAUAGUUCGCAAUCUAAGGCUUGAGGUAAUCAGAUGUAUUACACACUAUUAUUAUUAAUAAUAACAUUAUUACGUAGAAAACAUUUGUGUAAAUCCAACAAAUUUCAUGUGUGAUGUCACCUUUAUAAACUGGAUUUGUAUCAGAAAUUCGUUUCAAGAAUUUGUGUCAUGAAGGGAUGUAGUUACCCGGAAUAGUGAAAACAGAUAAUAUUAAUAGGUGGGGUGGGAGGGGUUAACUCUACUUCGUAAUAUAGAAAUCUCUCUAUGUUCAAGUUAGUUUUUCAAUCCUCAGUUAACUUUUAUUCAACGAAUAAAUAUGGUGGUUUGACAUAUUUCUAUACGAAAGCUGUCUAAACGUCAAACAUAUUCUAAUGAUAAAAGUUAUCUUGGGAUUGAAAAAUCUGUUCUUAUUUAAGUCACUUUAAAAGUCUUUUCACUACAUUAGCUCAAACAUGUAGGUUUUGCUGCUUAGAAACAGUGAGCAAAAACGACUUUUACUCACUAGCGAGACAAAGCAUGGCUAUACUGAUUAAUCUCGACUCCCUAAUUUACAUUUACUCCCUAAUGUACUUGCAGCGAAGAACAACUAUGCUCAUUUGUAACUUAAAUAAUUAUUUUACCCAUGCUCCGGAAGGAGGGUUUUGUUUUAUGUAUCUUUUUGGACUAUUGCCGGAAAAAAAAUAUCAUCGUAUCCUUAACAUUUUUAAUUUAUUUGUGAUUCCUAUAUUUAAUAUUAUUAGCAUAAUUUAUUAUGAAAAUUAUUUCUAGUAAUUUCUGAUACAAAUCCAGUUUACUAUACAAAGUCAACGUAACUUUAUAUACCGUGGUAGAUUUUGGUGUGUUUCUUUAAAACACGCGGAUUACACACAUUUCACACUCGGGCUAAUAAAUAACAUCCUAAUUAUUGUAUUUGUCACAUUAGGACGGCAUUAAAAUAUUUGCUACAGAGGAUAUUCAAACUUAUAUCCUAGGAAUUAUUUCACGUUUUUUUCUCUCUAUUACAAUUCCAUUAUGAAUUUAUCUAUACAUACUUCAUUUAAGUAGGCACUUGCUAACAAUAUUGAUACUUAGGACGUUUUACACAAAUACAUAUUAAACAUAAAACUACUGCUUAAAGUAAUGAUUCAAUUUAUUAAGUUGCAGUACUUAUGUGGAGUUUCUUGCCCGUCCUUCUCCAUAGGAUGCUACUUUUGGAAUGGGCAACUAGAAUCAAAGUCAGUAAGAUUUUUGACGUUCAUAAGUGCUUGUGAAACACUGACCUCUAUAUUUACCACUGGACCGGCUGUUCCGUACGUUUGACAGCAAUUUUUUGUGCCCAUUUGAAGCGCCGAUAUCGUCUAAGCGAGUGUCCACAGGACUAAUUUUGACGUAUAAUUUCAAAUGGCUGUGAGAGAUGAGAGAAGUGUUUGUUCAUUAUGUAUGUCAAUGUAGUACAUAUAUAGAUAAUUAUUUCUUCGUAAUUAUUAUUAGCUGCGUAAUUAUCAAUGUGCAAUGUGUGUAUUCCGUGUAGAUAGAGUAGGUAUACACGGUAGUCAGCGCAAGUAUUGUAAGCCACGCCAUAUUUGUCUGUAUUCGACGACGCUACUAUAUCAAAUAUCGACUAAUAAAAUAAAGUGAUAUUGUCAAAUU